GCGUGACUUCCUUGAUUACGCCCUACCCGGCAGGCUACUUAAGGGAGGCGGCGGCGCGUUUCCACUCACAGCGUCGCUGCGCGGCCUCGCGAGCGAGUUCGUGUCUGUGGCGAUCCGGUAGCCCGCGUACCUCGGCCACCAUGCCGCGCUCUUUCCUCGUAAGGAAGCCUUCUGACCCCAACCGCAAGCCCAACUACAGCGAGCUGCAGGAUUCCUCUCCUGAGCUUACCUUCCAGCAGCCCUACGACCAGGCCCACCUGCUGGCAGCCAUCCCGCCCCCGGAGGUCCUCAACCCCUCGGCCUCCCUGCCCACGCUCAUCUGGGACUCUGUCCUGGCGCCUCUGGCCCAACCCCUCUGCUGGGCCUCGCUGCAGCCCCAGGAGAGCCCCAAGGCGGCGGAGCUGACCUCCCUGUCCGACGAGGACAGUGGGAAAGGCUCCCAGCCCCCCAGCCCACCCUCACCAGCUCCUUCAUCCUUCUCCUCUGCCUCGACCUCUUCCCUGGAGGCCGAGGCCUACGCUGCUUUCCCAGGCUUGGGCCAAUUGCCCAAGCAGCUGGCUCGGCUCUCCGCAGCCAAGGACCUCCAGUCUCGGAAGGCCUUCAACUGCAAGUACUGCAACAAGGAAUACCUCAGCCUGGGCGCCCUCAAGAUGCACAUCCGGAGCCACACGCUGCCCUGCGUGUGCGACACCUGUGGGAAGGCCUUCUCCCGGCCCUGGCUGCUGCAGGGCCACGUCCGCACCCACACCGGGGAGAAGCCCUUCUCCUGCCCCCACUGCAGCCGCGCCUUCGCAGACCGCUCCAACCUGCGCGCUCACCUGCAGACCCACUCGGACGUGAAGAAGUACCAGUGCAGGAUGUGCUCCCGCACCUUCUCCCGAAUGUCCCUGCUCCACAAACACCAGGAGUCUGGCUGCUCGGGGGGUCCCCGCUGACCUCGCACCUCUCCGGCCCUCCCCGCAGCCCCACCUCCCGGAGGAGGGAGCCCGUCCUUCCCACCCACCCAGAGUUCCCUCCCGAGCACCCGUGGGCUGUGUCUGUCCCUCAGGACUUUGGGGAAGCCGCUUUCUGGUUCUGUUGUCCGCUCAGGGGCCUGCUGGUACCCUUUGCCUGGAGUCCUUCCUGGCAGCCGUGUGGGGCGUGUUCCUGAGCGGCCCUGUGUGGUUUGUGUAUCCAGAGCUGUUGGAUACAGCUGCUUUGUGCUCCGGACAAAGGCAGCUGACUGGCUGGGAAGCCCCCGCCCCACUCUGGAACCCACACCCCUACCUCCAACCACCUCCAGGACCCUCGGGCCUCCUUCCUCAAGGUGCGACUAACUAUGCAAUAAUCCACUCCAGGCGGUUUUGGGACGGGAGGACAGACAGGAGGACAGACUGGAGGAUGCGUCUAGACCUCCAGAUGCCCCUGGCCGGGGCAGCUAUUUCAGCCUCCUGUUUGUCACGGCGACACCUGUUUCAUGGGCAAUUUAACAAUGUCUCAAAAGGGACUGUGAGUAAUGGCCGUCACUUGUCAGGGGCCAAGUGGGGUGCUUUGGCCUGAGCGAUGUGUCUCCCAGAACUAUUUUGGGGGCCCGACAGGUGGGCCUGGGAGGAAAAUGUUUACAUUUUUAAAGGUACACUGGUAUUUAUAUUUCAAGCAACAUUUUGUAUAAGGG